AUGGAUGUGUCACUUAGAAUCAGGGACAACUUAGAAAGUUUAUUGUCAGGGCAGAAGAAGUUAGUUGAUAUUAGCUGCAAUGUUCCACUAAGUUAUGGUCUGUAUUUAAAUUUACAUGAUGAUCUGCAGAAAAUGGGAAUUAAUAUACAACAAACCAUGCCAGAUAUAAUUAGGCUUUUUGACCCAGAUAUUGUUUUACCAGUGAAAAUUAGCAACUUAACAAAACGAGUACGGAGAAAUGUAGAGAAAGCUAGAAAAGAUGGAAAGGAAGUUCAAGUCUUGAGUACAGUUAUAGCAACACAGUCUGCAAAAUGUUUAUCAGCAGUGUUUGCAGAAAAGAGUGUCACACCACAAGUUUUGAUAUCAUGUAGUUUCUCAGCCAGUCAGGAUAACAGUAUCAACCUAGAAAUUAAGCAUGUGUUAGAACUUCAUAAUUUUCUUAUUAGAAACAAUCUUCCCUGGGCUAAUGCUUUAAAUUGGUUAAAUGUAUUUAUGCGGCCUAGUGCUGAAACAAAACUAAAUGUCACUGGAAUUAGACGCCAGUGGACUCGGCUACAUGAUGCAUAUUUAAAACUGAAAUGCAGCAAACGUCAGCAUGAGUUAGAUGACUUCCUAAGCAAGUCAUACAAAGCUCCAAGGACAAAUCCCAAUGAAGUCAGUGAAACUGUAAGUGAAACAAGUAGAAGUAAUCAAGAUCUGGAAAACAUUCUAGAAAGUUUGAGUAGAAAUCUUGCUGACAGUUACCAAGAAAUUAGCGAAAUUACUCAAAGUAUGGAAGAGCUUUCACGUGAGAAAUUAGCUGCACUAGAUAAAAUUAGUGAAAUGAGCAAGAAGCAAGACAAGUAUAGGCAGAAAUUGAUUCAAAUAAAUGAUUUAAAAGCAAAACUUGCAGCAUUAACUCCCAGAAAUUUCAACAAAAAAAUUAAAAGGCGAGAUGAGAAAAUAAAGAAGAUGACACAUCAGAUUGAAGAACAAAAUAAAGUGAUGAAAGAAUAUAUACAUGACAUAAACCAAUCAACAAGAGAUAAUGAAAUACUACAAGAGAAAUUAGAUCAGAUUUUAAUGGAAAAAAAAAACCUUCAGAAAAGCAAAAGUUACUGGAAAACAAAAGCCCAGUCAGCAAGUGAACACCAUUCUCAGAAAGUGAAGAGUAAUCUGGAACACAUGAAACAUUUAGAAAAUGACAAUAUGAAGCUACGUGAAAAAAUAGAAGAUUUGAUGGAUGCAAACGAAAUUAAAACCUUUGAAAAUGGAAAGUAUACAGAUAGUAUAAGACAGGUUUAUUAUGAUCUUUUGACACACAAUGUUUCAGUACAAAACUGCACAGCAGUUGUAAAGUCAGUGCUCAAGAACAUCCUGAAUGUAGAUGUUGAUAGGUUGCCAAGUAAGUCCCUGACAUCCUUGAUGCAGGUCGAAGCCCUGGUAUUGGCUCAAGCCCAAGCUGCCACUGCAAUACUUGAGCAACAGGAUCCAAACACACUUCACAGUGAUGGCACUCGAAAAAAGUUUAUUGAUUAUGCUGGCCUUCAGGUUUCAUUGCCAGACAGGUCAUCAUUGUCUCUUGGUUUCCAAGAAUUGCUUAGUGGGUCAGCUGAUGACUACAUGAAUGCUACCAUAGAAACAUUUGAAGAACUAGCUCAGUCAAUAGCUGUAAACGAUGAAGAAAAAAAAAAUAUAUACGCACAACUAAUUCUUCGAAGCAAAAAUAUUAUGAGUGACAGACAUGUUGUGAACAAAAAAUAUAAAAGCAAGAUGGAAGAAAUGCGUGAAUCUUUAUUGCCUAUUUUUGAACAAAACUGGGACUCAUUUGAUGAAAAUGAAAAGACGAAAAUGAAAACUGUGAACCAUCUUCUAUGCGGAAUGCAUGUAUUGGUAAAUAUGGCUCCCGCAGCCAGUUCAGCAUGCAUUGAAUUUGAAAAGGAAAAACAAGAUCAAAUUAACACUGAAAAACUUGCUUGGUAUAAAUCUAAUCAGUCAUUUUGUUUUAAUUUGUUAUAUCAAGCGAGUAAAGGUUUUACUGAUGAGGGUUGUCAAAAAUCUGGUGUGUACACUGAUUUUGGGCCAUAUUUAGAAGAUGAGCUGAAAGAGAAAAAUAGAUUGAUAAAGUUUGAACACAAUAGAUUCAACGUUGCAUUUUACCAGGGAGCUGCAUUGUACUAUCACAAAAUGCACAUUUCCGAUUUUCUGUCAUCAGACGAUGUAAUUCUACAAAUAAACUCAUAA